GUCCAUACCGUUUAAAAUAUCGAUACGGAUUGAUGAGGAAGUGCUGAUAAUACACCGCUUAGUAGACCGCUAAAUCGUUGAGGUUGAUUUUUCUGUUUCAUUCUACAAAACAUUGGUUUUGCGUGGUUGAUGCGUCAUUUCGAUUCUGGCCAUCUCGAUAGAAUGAAUGUCGGUGAAACCUAAAAGCUGGUGUCGGCACGUGUGUCAUAAUGUCACCGAAAGAUUCGGUCGAGGAGCAUUUAACGAUACACUUUUCAAUCUUGUACGAACGACAGUGACCCACCCCAACAAAAUUCGGUUUUGUCAAGCGAAAUCACCGAACGAUGGAAAACCAUACACAGGAUAAUGCGAUCAACAUGAACGAAAGUGAGGAUUUGCAAGAAAAGGUAAAUCGAUUGGAGUCAGAGACCGUGAAAAUGCGGGAAGAAUUUAAUGUUCAAAGAGCCAAGAUGAAAGAACUGUUUCUUCAAAAAGAAGAGGAAUUGAAAAGACGAUUGCAAGAUAACACAUGUUUGCAAAAGGAGAAUGCUAAGUUGAAAAAUGAAUUGGACGAAGCAAAGAGCCAAUUGGUUGUAACAGACUUGAAAGUUCAAAAUGAUAUACUUAUUGAGAAGAGAAAGGCACAAGAAGAAAUAGCAUCUUUACAGAGGGUUAUACAUGAAACAAUGGAGGAAUCUUCUUGUUCACGCAAGCAGCUAGAUACAGAAUUGGCUAAAUUAAAAAUUACUCUCUCCAAAUUACAAGAGGAGAAUGCAUUGAUAAAGUCACAAUUACCACGAGAUCCACCUAUAGAUGGUCCACAGAUAUCACUCUCCACAGUAACGAAAACAAUAGCUCGAAAAGUAGUUUCUCAACUAGGUGCAGAUGCUCUAUCUUUAGGUCCUGAUAAUCUUGAGGAAAGCAUGAGGAAGGUAAAAAGAUAUGCGCAGGAAGAUGCGGAAGUUUUACGCUCGCUGGUAGUGCCGCUCGAGGAAGAGAUUAAAGCCUUAAAGGAAAAAUUAAGAGCGACGGAUGACGAACUCCAGAAGUGUAAAGAGAUACAGUUGCAGAAGAAACAGCAGGAACCUGGUUCCUCUGAGUCAAUAUGUGAUAUGUGUGCAAAUUACGAAGCACAAUUAGUUAAGAUGCAGGCAGCUGCUAAAGAAUUCGAGAAGCAGCAAUUAGAUUCUGAGCGAAUGUUACAAGUACAGAAAGAAGAUUUAGCUAAGGAAGUAGAAUUUAGAAAGGAAAUGGAGGAAAAAUGGAACGAAAAGAAAGAGGAGCAUAAAAUCAAAGUGGCAGAACUUACUGUUACCUCGCAAACGUUGCAACAGACUUUAACCGAAGCGAAAAAAACUUUUGAACAAGUUCAGAGAAGCGUAAAAGACGAACUUGUGAAAUUAACACGUGGCCGAGAAGAAGUACAAAGACACCUUAUCGCACUGCAAAAGGAAAAUGAAAACUUGGUCGGUAAACAUAGCAAGCAUUCCCAGCAACUACAGAGUGAGAGUAUUAAUAUGCCGAACAAUGUCGAGGAAUUGCACGUUAGCCUUUUAAAAAUGCGAGAAGAUUUGAUCACAGCUAAAGUUGCUCAAGAAGUCGCGCAAGAGAAAGAAGAGACACUGCGAUACGAAGUGACCUUGCUUCAUGAACAAAUGGAACAGGAAAGUAGAGUAAAGGAACAAGAAAUAUUGGUAUUAAAAAAUGAAAUUAGUGGUUUAAGAACGCAGCUAGAUAAAUAUGUACGAGAUCAUCGAUCCCUUGCCGAGAGGGAAGAGAAGCUGGAACGAUUAGAAAAACAAUUAGAUGCUGUUUUAAAAGAAAAUAAACAAGCCGAGUUAAAAGUGGCUGAAUUACGACAAAGAGUUACCAGUCUUCAACAAGAGCUAGAUACUAGUGAAGCAGUGCAGAAAGACUUUGUUAGGUUGUCACAAUCUUUACAGGUACAACUAGAAAGAAUUAGGCAAGCUGGUAGCGAAGUACGAUGGCAACAUGAAGAGGACAUAGAAGAAUGUCCUAGUUGUCAUACUACAUUCACGGUUACAAAGAAGAAGGUGCAUUGCCGCCAUUGUGGCCAUAUAUUUUGUCAGUCUUGCCUUUCACAUGUUGUGAAAAGUGGACCGAAACAAAGACCAUCCAGAGUCUGUGAUGUUUGCCAUACAUUAUUGGUACAAGAUACAGCACCAUAUUUUAGCCAAGAACCACCACAUACACCUGACUAAAUAUUCUAAAGAAAAUCAGUCCAACAAGAUGUGCAAUAUCAAUUUGGAAGAUAUAGAGAUGAUAUUAGUUCACCGGGGCUAGAUAUGAUUCCUAUUACCUGACAACUGGAGUGAUAAAAUAAAUAUCGUGUAAAUACAAAUUAUGUACUACUUAAUGUUUAUUGUAAUUUAAAAGAUUAAAGCUUUUGAAUGUAUGUGAGUUAUUCAAAAAUUUGUGAAUAUUUAUCUAUCUUGUUAUUGACAUUAUUAAAAUAAGUCUUCACAUAGAA